CUUAACAACGGAAGCAAAUGGCGGAGUUCAGUGGCGGAGGAUUACUGGCGGCGCUGCUGCUGUUCACGGCUCUUACCGUGAAAGACGUGUAUGUGGGAAUGCACCGGGACCAGAGCCGGGACCAGCGCGGCCCGAGGAACGAGGCCGAGGACCGUGGCAGGUUCACGGCCGGAGAAGAGCAGGGAAGACCGGCCAAACCCUGGAGCAGCUCCGGGAGCCUGGGGCCGGUGCUGCGCUUCCAGUACUGCAUUUCCUGAGGCUACAGUAAAGUGUUCCAGGACUAUUCCAGGGCCAUCAAUCAAAUCUACCCAGAGCUGCGCAUCGAGGGAAGCAACUACCCCCCCACCACCUUAAACAAGUACCUGGGGAACCUGAUUUUCUACCUGAAGCUCUUGGCCUUGGUCUUAAUAGUCUCUGGAACCAGUCCUUUUAGACUUUUGAACACAGAACCCACCGAGUCCUGGGCCCGGAUCUGGACUUGGACUCAGCAGAACAAGAUCUUCUCGUGCCUCAUGGCCUUCUUUAUUUGUAACAUGCUGGAGACACAUUUCCUGUCGACUGGAGCCUUCGAGAUCAGCCUCAAUGAUGUUCCGGUCUGGUCUAAGCUGCAGUCCGGGUAUGUGCUGAACAUACAGGAACUCUUCCAGAUCCUGGACUCUCACCUGAAAAUGAACCAGGCACCAGUCUUCACUUAGACAUGGACCAAACUGGAUGGUGUUUGCUGGAGGUGUUUCGGAGGGUCCGAGGUGGCGGUUAAUGAUGGUUGAGUUUUAAAGCAGUUUCAGAAGAAGCUCAGCCUGAACUCACUCCGCCAUUCAAAGACCAGCCCUAGAAAACUACACUACCCACAGCGCACCUGUGCGUCACACCAGAAAACACCACAGAACUCCACUGACGUGAUUUAUUUAAAACUAGUAAAGAUCUUUUU